AUGGCGUUAGAAAAUCCAAGAUAUUUGCGGGAAAAACCGAUGCCAGUGUCUUUGAUGACACCCAAAAUUGGCCUAGGAAAAAGUAGCCCUUUUCGUGAUGAACAGGCACUAUUUCGAAUGCAUGAAAAAGAGCUGGACAUGAAAAUGAAAAUAGCAGAAGGUAAAUUUCAUGAAGAAAAACUUAAGUUACAGCAGAAGCAUGAUACUGACGUUCAAAAGAUUUUGGAUAGAAAGAAUGAUGAAAUAGAGGUACUGAAGUCUCUCUACAAAAACAAACAAAAUGAAGCUGAGGACGUGAUUAGAAAACUGGAGAAAAAAGUUCAGACCCUUGUCCGUGAGUCACAAGUCGUCAGAGAAGCAAAAGAGAAGCAGAUUGUGGAGUUAAAGAAGAUGUGCGAGCAAAGCAAUGAUUCUCUGAACAAUGAGUGGGAGAAAAGGCUUCACAAUGCUGUGGCUGAGAUGGAGAAGGAGAAGUUUAAUAUUCGGAAGAAGCACACAGAAGAUAUGCAGGAACUGCUUGAGGACACCAAUGCUCGUCUUAGCAAAAUGGAGGAAGAUUAUUUGGAACAGAUGAAGUCAACUAACGAGACGGUUAAAAAACUGGAGGCUCGUGUUCAGCAGUUGACUGUUGAGGCUGAAAAUAGUAAUUUACAGCGUCAAAAAUUAUCUCAAGAAAGGACUGAUGCAGAACAACGUUACCAGGCAGUAUGCUCUGAACUUCAGGAACUGAAAGCAAGGCACAGCUCACUUCAGAAAGACAAGGACCAUAUUAUACAGGAAUAUGAGGAGAACAUUCAGCAACUACAAAGUAAAUACGAUGUUGAUACAAAUUUUAUAAAGCAGGAACAUGCUCUCUCUGCAGCUAAGGCUUCUGAUGCAAUUGAAGAAUUACAGCAUAGCGUGUCUCUAUUAAAACAACAGUUACAAGAUACAGAACAUCAAAGACAGCAACAGCUGAGGGAUCAAGAAUACAAGCUUCAACAGGACAAACUUCACUUGGAGCGUGUAUAUGAAAAACAGAUUCAUGGCAUCCGGAAUGAUCUUGAUAAAGAAAGAGGGGAUGCUCAAAAGAAAAUUCGCAAACUGGAAGAGACUUUGAA